GUGUACAAGCAGAUUGGCGAGACGCCUCCUGACGUCGAGCGGCCGGAGCUGCUCGCCGCCGCCUUCGCUGCCACGCAGGCCCUCCUCAAGGCCGGCACGCUCCGCGCUGGCCACGACGUCUCCGACGGCGGUCUCCUCACCGCCGCCCUCGAGAUGGCAUUCUCGGGAGACCGCUCCCUCUCCCUCGACGUGCCGGCGGCCGGCGCGUCGCCCCUCGCCCCCCUCUUCGCCGAGGAGGUUGGUCUCCUCCUCGAGGUCGCGCCGGCGGACGAGGCGGCCGUCCUCGCAGCCUACGCUGCGGCGGGCGUGCCUUGCGCUCGGGUCGGCUCCACAAAGCCGCGCGGCACGCCCGUGGAGGUUUCCGUCGGCGGCGCCGAGCUGCUCCGCGCGGGCGUGAGCGAGCUGCGCGACGCGUGGGAGUCGGGGUCCUUCGAGCUCGAGAAGCUGCAGUGCGCGCCCGCCUGCGUCGCCCAGGAGCAGGCCGGCCUCGCCAAGCGGCACGCGCCGCAGUGGAGCCUCUCCUUCACUCCGGCGCCCACGGCGCUGCCCGCGAACGACAAGCGGCCGCGCGUGGCGGUCCUCCGGCAGGAGGGCACGAACGGCGACCGCGAGAUGGCGGCGGCGCUGCACGCGGCGGGAUGCGCGCCGUGGGACGUCUCGAUGUCCGACCUCGCCGGCGGCGCCGUGGCGCUCGACGCCUUCCGCGGCGUCAUCUUUUGCGGCGGCUUCUCUUACGCGGACGUGCUCGACUCGGCCAAGGGCUGGGCCGCGACGAUCAAGUUCGACGAGCGGCUCUCUGCGCAGUUCGAGGCCUUCCGCAACCGGCCCGACGCCUUCUCGCUCGGCGUCUGCAACGGCUGCCAGCUGAUGGCGCUGCUCGGCUGGGUGCCCGGCGGCGAGCCCAUCCCGGAGGCGGAGCAGCCGCGCUUCGUGCACAACUCGUCUGGCCGGUUCGAGUCGCGCUGGAGCGCCGUCAAGGUCGCUCCUUCGCCCGCCGUCCUCCUCCAGGGCAUGGAGGGCUCGAGCCUGGGCGUGUGGGUCGCCCACGGCGAGGGACGCGCGCACUUCCCGCGCGAGGACUCGCUGCAGGCCGUGCUCAAGGGCAGCCAGGCUCCGCUCCGGUACAUCAACGACGCCUGCGAGGUGACGCAGGAGUACCCGCACAACCCCAACGGCUCCCCCGAGGGCAUCGCCGCCCUCUGCUCGCCCGACGGGCGCCACCUCGCCAUGAUGCCGCACCCCGAGCGCUGCUUCGUCAAGUGGCAAUGUCCGUGGGCGCCGCCAGAGUGGGAGGCGAACGCGUCGGCGCCGUGGCUCCGCCUCUUCCAGAACGCCGCCGCCUUCUGCGCAUCCACACAGUAGUGAGAGCGCGCGCCGACUCCCGCGAGUAGCGGCGGCGCGGCGGCGCCCCCGGGCGGAGGGCUCCGACGGCGCCCGCGAGCGCGUGCGCGGCGGCCGCCGGCGGAUUACCGUCGCAAAGCUAGGCCUGUCCCGACAAAUGGACAAUGCUCCCUUUGUGGGACCAUGUCAACUAGCACAGGCGCCUGAA